AUGACUGUCACACAGGUUGUUGAGGAAGCCUCCGCCGGAAUCCCCAACGAGAAUGCCCAAAGGGACAAGUUGAUCUUCAACAAUCGGGUCCUGGAGUUCUCCUUGAUCAAGGAGGUGGUGGGCGUGGUGGAGGUCAUGAACGUCUCUGACCUGACGGAGCCCAUCUUGAUCCGAAGAUUCUCAGGCACGAACCCCAUCGAGGGGGACAGCUGCGUUCACUUUGACUUCGUGUCGAACACCUGGUCAUCCGAAGGCGUGUCACUGGUGAACAGCAGCGUGUCAGGAGAGUCCACUGGCACUUGGUGCGAGACAACGCACACCUCCAUCUUUGCCAUCGUACAGACGGUCCCCUUCGAGCUGAGGAAUGAUCUAGAG